AGCGAGCGAGCGCUGGUGCUGACCAGACGUCUACCAAUUCAUUUCGCCGGAGAUCGUUUUGUAACACCAACAGCGACAAAUAAGAAAUAAGAAAAAACAAGUUCUAAAUUUAACGCACGUACCGCUGGGUAUCUUGAAUUUGUCGUUGGUGCUGCGAAGGGUAAGGGGAGCAUAAGAAGUCGCCAAGAUGGGGGACAUGUUCCGUAGUGAGGCAAUGGCAUUAUGCCAGAUGUUUAUACAACCGGAGGCCGCAUACUCAUCCGUCUCUGAGCUCGGCGAAACCGGCUGUGUGCAGUUCCGUGACUUGAACAGCAGCGUUAAUGCGUUCCAGCGUAAGUUCGUCAACGAGGUCCGUCGCUGUGAUGAGUUGGAGCGCAAGAUUCGGUACAUUGAGACCGAAAUCAAGCGGGAUGGCAUUGUAUUGCCCGACAUUCAGGAUGAUAUUCCACGAGCGCCGAAUCCACGCGAGAUCAUUGAUCUGGAAGCGCAUCUGGAGAAGACGGAAACAGAAAUGCUUGAGUUGGCGCAGAAUGAGGUGAACAUGAAGUCCAACUAUUUGGAGCUGACCGAACUGCGUAAGGUGUUGGAGAAUACGCAGGGCUUCUUCUCCGACCAGGAAGUGCUAAACCUGGAUUCGAGCAAUCGUGGUACUGGUAUUGAGGAUGCGAGUGCCCAGCAUCGUGGACGUCUCGGCUUUGUCGCCGGUGUUAUCAAUCGUGAGCGUGUCUUUGCCUUCGAGCGCAUGUUGUGGCGCAUUUCCCGUGGCAAUGUCUUCCUGAAGCGCUCGGAUUUGGAUGAGCCUCUGAAGGAUCCCGCCACUGGUCAUCCCAUCUACAAGACCGUCUUUGUGGCCUUCUUCCAGGGCGAGCAGCUGAAGAAUCGCAUCAAGAAGGUGUGCACUGGCUUCCAUGCCUCACUCUAUCCUUGUCCCAGUUCGCAUAACGAACGCGACGAAAUGGUCAAGAAUGUGCGGACGCGUUUGGAGGAUCUGAAAUUGGUGCUCAGCCAGACUGAGGAUCAUCGCAGUCGUGUGCUUAACACCGUCGCAAAGAAUUUGCCCUCGUGGUCCAUCAUGGUCAAGAAGAUGAAGGCCAUCUACCACACGCUCAAUCUGUUCAAUAUGGAUGUGACCAAGAAGUGCCUUAUUGGCGAGUGCUGGGUACCAACCAAGGACUUGCCAAUUGUGCAGAAGGCGUUGUCAGAUGGCAGCGCAGCCGUUGGCAGCACCAUUCCAUCGUUCCUGAAUGUCAUCGACACGAACGAAAUGCCGCCAACUUUCAAUCGUACAAAUAAAUUCACUCGCGGCUUCCAGAAUUUGAUCGACGCCUACGGUGUUGCCUCGUAUCGCGAGGUCAAUCCGGCUCUGUAUACGUGCAUUACAUUCCCCUUCCUGUUCGCCGUGAUGUUUGGCGAUUUGGGUCACGGACUCAUAUUGGUUUUGUUUGGCGCCUGGAUGGUUAUCUGGGAGCGUAAGCUCAGUCGCGUUCGCAAUGGCGGAGAAAUCUGGAACAUCUUCUUUGGCGGUCGCUACAUCAUUCUGCUGAUGGGUCUGUUCUCCUGCUACACUGGCUUCAUCUAUAACGAUGUCUUCUCGAAGUCGAUGAACAUAUUCGGCUCGACUUGGUUUGCACCUUACAACGAAUCUACGGUGCUGUCCAAUAAACAUCUUCAGCUGCCGCCUCGCUAUUCUGUGAAUGGUGUCUAUCCAAUAGGCCUGGAUCCCGUCUGGCAGUUGGCCCAGAACAAGAUUAUUUUCCUUAAUACCUACAAAAUGAAACUCUCGAUUAUUACGGGUGUCUUGCACAUGGUCUUCGGCGUUUGCAUGUCUGUCGUCAACUAUACGCACUUUAAGCGUUAUUCCAGCAUUUUCCUGGAGUUUUUGCCUCAGAUUUUGUUCCUAUUGCUGCUCUUCGGCUACAUGGUGUUCAUGAUGUUCUUCAAGUGGAUAAGAUACACCGCUAAUACUGACUAUCAACCCGACACGCCUGGCUGUGCUCCCUCCGUGCUCAUCAUGUUUAUCAAUAUGAUGUUGUUCAAGAAACCCACCGAACUUCAGGGCUGCGAUUUGCACAUGUAUGCUAGUCAGCCUGAAGUGGAGCGGGCAUUCGUGAUGAUUGCUUUGGUGUGCAUACCUUGGAUGCUGCUCGGAAAGCCGCUGUACAUCCAGAUGACGCGCAAGAACAAACACCAUGCCAACCACAAUGGUCAGUUGACCGGCAAUAUGGAGUUGGGCGAUGCCGAAACGGAAACUCCACUGCCACUGGUCAGUGAUGAGAGCGCCGGUGCGGGAGCUCACGGUCACGAAGAUGAACCUAUGAGUGAGAUUUUCAUUCAUCAGUGUAUUCACACGAUCGAAUAUGUGCUCAGCACCAUUUCACAUACGGCCUCCUAUUUGCGUUUGUGGGCUCUGUCCUUGGCGCAUGCUCAACUCUCCGAAGUGCUGUGGCAGAUGGUGCUGUCCAAGGGUCUGGGAGGAUCUGGCCCCGUUGCCAUCAUUUCUCUGUUCAUUAUCUUUGGUGCUUGGGCGCUCUUCACAUUGGCCAUUCUGGUUAUGAUGGAGGGCCUUUCGGCUUUCUUGCACACUCUGCGCCUGCAUUGGGUGGAGUUCAUGAGCAAAGUCUACGAGGGUCUAGGCUAUGCCUUCCAGCCAUUCAGCUUCAAGACCAUCCUGGACGGCGAAGAGGAGGAUUAAGACAAACCUCCAGCUGACGAGCUGCGUUGGAGCUCGUCCAUUUUUGUUAAUCUACCGUUUUUGUUUAUUUUUGGAAAAUGUCAGUAUUGUGGUACUCUUCCCACACCCAACCUACCUAGUUUAAACAGUUCACGUUUUGUUCCAUCUAUAUUGUAAAAGUAUUCACUUGUCCUUUUCAUAUUGGCAUUCUCAAAACUCGAUGAAGCAAUAAUUUGAUAUUUGUUGUUACAAAUAAUUAUUAAUAAAUAUUUUGAAGCAAAGAAGAGAGCAGCAAAA